AUGUCGGAAGAAUCGGCACCGUUCAGUAGCGUCGAUAUCAACAAUGAAAACAGGGAUGACGAAGAUCUUUUUGCUUCAGCGGUCCAGGAAGUCAGUUUAGAUCCAGAAGUAAACGGCGUUAGAGAUGGCUUAGAUAAAGUUAGUCUUGUGGAUGCUCAAGUGACGACCACAUCGUCGAUUGGCAGUCCGAUCAUGGAAGAGAUAGUAACUGAACGCGCGAAUAACAUAAUAGUCACAGUUACUGAACCCCAGAAAAUCGGUGAAGGAAUGAGCUCAUACGUUGCAUACCGUGUCAUCACCAAGACCAACAUGCCGAUAUUCAGCAAGCAUGACUUUGCGGUUCUGCGUCGUUUCAGUGACUUUCUGGGUUUACAUGAGAAGCUGACGGAGAAGUAUUUAAGGUCCGGUAGAAUUAUUCCACCGGCGCCUGAAAAAAGUAUAGUGGGAACAACUAAACUCAAGAUGGCGUCCACACCAUCUACUGAAAGUGCCAAUGGAAAUUCUGGGUCCAGCUCCCUCCAAUCACAAUUUGUGGAGCGGCGAAGAGCUGCCUUGGAGAGGUUCUUGAACCGAGUAGCCCAGCACCCAGUUUUGUGCAUAGAUCCUGAUUUUAGGGAAUUCUUGGAAUCUGAUACGGAAUUACCGAAAGCAACUAGCACAUCCGCACUAAGCGGGGCCGGAAUGUUGCGUCUGUUCAACAAAGUUGGGGAAACAGUCAAUAAAAUUACAUACAGAAUGGACGAAUCUGAUCCUUGGUUUGAAGAACGUAUCGCCCGCGUGGAGUCCCUUGAAGCAGGCUUGCGCCGUCUGUGCGGGGCGUGCGAAGCGCUAGCGACGGAGAGACGGGAACUAGCCGCGCGGUCUCAUGAAGCGGCUAGAUCUAUUGCGGCAGCCGCUGCAGCUGAUCCACAUGCGCCGCUAUCGAGGGCGCUCUCCCAUCUCUCAGAUCUACAUGAAAAGAUUGAGCACUUAAGGGUGGAACAAUCGAACACAGAUUUCUAUGUACUGACUGAACACAUCAAAGACUAUCUUGGUCUUAUUAGUGCUAUUAAAGAUGUAUUCCAUGAGAGAGUCAAGGUAUUCCAAAACUGGCAACACGCUGAGAUGCAACUGAAUAAGCGGAGAGAAAAUAAGGCGAAAGCUGAACUCGCUAAUAGGCCAGAGAAGAUCGAGCAAGCCUCCAAUGAGAUUAUCGAGUGGGAAUCCAAAGUGGAACGCAGUCACAAUGAGUUCGACACUAUCUCGCGUGUGAUCAAGAAGGAGCUGGAGCGAUGGGAGGAAAUCCGAGUCACGGAGAUGCGGGCUACCAUACUGCGUUAUCUAGAAGAGCAUAUGAAGCACCAGGCACAGUCGGUUAGAUACUGGGACGCCUUCCUACCCGAAGCACGCGCGAUUAAAUGA